UGAGGCUGAACUUGCAGCCAUCUAUUCAGCAAUGGGAGAGCGUCCGGUGCAUAUUAGACAGGUUGGUUGUUUUAAUAAUCUUAUCUGUGGAUUUUUAGGUGGUUUUUACUAUGGGAAAAUCAAGUUUCCUCCAGAAUAUCCAUAUAAACCUCCUGGAAUUAGCAUGACAACACCUAAUGGGAGGUUCAUGACACAGAAAAAGAUCUGUUUAUCUAUGAGUGAUUUUCAUCCUGAAAGUUGGAAUCCAAUGUGGUCUGCAUCAAGCAUACUUACAGGGCUUCUUUCAUUCAUGGUAUGUUAUGGUUUCUUCAUUUUCUAGUUAAAGUCUGAUAUUGAGAGCGUAGUUUGGAAAGUGUGUUGCAAGCAAGAAAACAGAAGGUCACUGCUAUUGAGAGCAU